CCCGCGCGCCCGCGGCGCGGCGGGCCAGGCGCGAUGGGAGGAGGCGGCGGCGGCACCGGAGCGGCUGCGCCGCGGGUGAGCGCGGAGGUUGCGAAGAUGAUACAGUCCCCUCUUGUGUUGCUGCUGCUGGCAGACUAGGGUUUAAGAGGGAGUGUUACCAGUGGCUGCUGCGCUCACUGUUCAAUGUUUCAAACCCAUCCAAGGAAGUAACACUCUCCUCUUUGGAGAGGCCAUAAAAUGCAUGUUAUGAAUUGUCUCUCCUUGGUCAAUGAUAAAGAAAAUGGGGCUAUUCCAGUUGCAACAGGAUUAAUGAACGAGGAUACGACGACAGCAUCUCAACUUCCUCAGCCUGCAGCAUCACCGCCCCCUCCACCAUGUCCCCUCACAGGGGCUCCCCCAGCCCCUCCACUUCCCCCGGCAAUGCUGCCUCCACCACCACCCCCUCCUCCACUGCCUGGGCCCAACCUACCCCUGCCUCCACAGCUGAUAAAUGGGCAUGACAACCAUGGCAAAAAAAAACGAAUGCGGAGCUUUUUCUGGAAAACUAUCCCUGAAGAACAAGUCCGUGGUAAAAACAACAUCUGGACAAUUGCUGCAAGACCACAGUAUCAGAUUGAUACAAAGACAAUUGAGGAACUUUUUGGGCAGCAGGAAGAAACCAAGCCCCAGGACUCCCGAAGUCGAUCUUCAAAGUCUUCGUUUAAAGAGACUAAAGAGGAGGUUUCCAUUUUGGAUGCAAAGAGAAGUAUGAAUAUUGGGAUAUUUCUCAAACAAUUCAAAAAGUCUGCUGAAUCCAUCAUUGAAGAUAUUUAUCAUGGAAGAAGUCAGCCCUAUGGUUCUGAACUGCUACAUGAAUUUCUUAAAUUAUUACCAGAAGCAGAGGAGGUAAAGAAAUUAAGAGCUUUUGAUGGAGAUGUAUCAAAACUGUCUCAAGCUGAUUCCUUCAUGUAUUUACUAAUCCAGGUGCCAAACUAUGCUCUUAGGAUUGAAGCCAUGGUGUUGGAGAGGGAGUUCUCACCCUCCUGUGCUUCUCUACAGGAUGACAUGAAAAUUAUAAGACGGGCAACAAAAGAGCUAAUGACUUGUGAGGAACUGCAUUCCAUAUUGCACUUGGUCCUUCAGGCUGGGAAUAUUAUGAAUGCGGGAGGUUAUGCUGGCAACGCUGUUGGAUUUAAACUGUCGUCACUGCUCAAGCUGGCGGACACAAAAGCAAACAAACCUGGGAUGAGUCUGCUGCAUUUUGUUGCUCUGGAAGCCCAAAAGAAAGAUGCUGCUCUUCUCAACUUUUCAGAAAAAAUUGGGAGUGUUCAUGAUGCCGCCAGGUUAUCCAUCGAUAAUGUAGAAGCAGAGCUCCACUCGCUGUCCCUCAAGGCAAGAUCUGUUAAAGACAGCAUCCGACGAGACCCAAAACUCUUUCACCAGAUGGAAAGCUUUCUCCAGUUUGCUGUAAGACAUCUAAAGGAACUUGAACACCAGAAACGAGAAUUGCAAAAGGAGGGAAAUGCUCUCAUUGACUUUUUCUGUGAAGACAAAGAAACUAUGAAGUUGGAUGAAUGUUUCCAGAUAUUUAGGGACUUCUGCAUAAGAUUCAACACAGCUGUCAAGGAAAACAGGGAGCGAGAGAUGCAGGAACUUCAUAGUCUGCAAAGGCGAAAGGAGCUGGAGGAGAAGCGUCGAUCCUGGGCAGCUGGAGAGCUUGGGAGCUUUGGGCGGAGCAGCAGUGAAAAUGAUGUGGAGAUGUUGGCCAAAAAAGGACUUGGCGAGUUUCUUCCCUUCUUGCAGCAGAGACCUCAAAGCCCUUUGUACAGAAACACAAAUUCUAGACGCUCUCGACUUUCUUUGGGGAUUACUGCAGACAGGGAGUUGCAGAGUUUCCUGGAAAUCUCAAAAGACGAGGAUCCAAACAAGUUUAACAGCCUUCCCCGUGCAAACACCCGACAAGCAAGACCAAACGUAGCCUGGACUGAAUCCAAAGAAACAAGAGAUCUCAACUUAAAUACCUUGAACUUACACCAACAGUCUGAAAUGGAAGUGAAAGGUGGUGGCCUAGUGCAGGUGCCUCCAGCUCAGCCCAGUCACUUCAGCAGCUCAGCUGGUCCUGGUGCCCAUUAUUCACAGAGGAGCACUGACUACAACAUCCACACUUCCAACGUUUCCUGUGAGGAGUCUACAGAUUUAAAUGCUCUGGCCCUGGCAAUCGAGGAGCGUGAACUUGUUAAAGGAUUGCAUAAGUUUGAUAUUCAAGGAACAAAGCCUGCAGAGGAUGCACCUUUAAUAUAUUUAGAGGAUGGUGGUGGAACAGACUUGGAGACUCUAGAUGAUCUAAGCUUUCAUUCCCAGAGCACUGCCGAUGACGACCUGCCUCCAGCUUGCAGAAGUUCCAGAGAGGCCCACGACCAUCAAGCCAAGGCAGUGGGUUGCAAGAGUGAAGCUUCAGAGCCCAGCAGCAGCAGCCCCAUGUCUGUGGAUACAAGUGUUUUGGGAAGUAGGGAGGAUGGGCCAAUGUGCUACGUGUCAGAUACAACAACUGAUUGUUCUUUGACAUUGGACUCUGAAGAGGGAAAUGAUUUUAAAUCAACAGGUAAUGAAAUAAGAAGUGAGGCUGUCAAAGCAUGCUCUUCUGGGAAUGAUGCUCAACACAGGGCUAGAACUCUCUUCUCAAAUCUGAAUUCUGCUUCUGGCAAGGACCUGUCUCUUCACACCUCUCCAAAUGAUAAGGAUGAUGCCAAUAGCAAGCACAUGAUUCCUAAAGAAAAGCCCAUAAAAAAUAAAGAUCCAGGAGGACCAAAGAGAAACUCUCUAAAAGAUAGAUCUCCAAGCUCCUCAAAACCCAGUGGCACUCGCCCUAGCCACACAGCUCCUUCCAGACCUGUCAGAACUUUGAAUGCCUCUGAGAAUGAAAGUAUGAGGAAAGUGGUGCCUAUUUCUCGGUCAAACAGGGCACCGAGCAGUGUGAAAAAGCCAGAAGCCAAGCCAGUCCUUCGUGAAACUAGUACAGUGGAAAGUCGGCUGUCUCAUCGCAGCUCUGUCCGAGGCACAACAGACACACUGCCAAGAAGUCCUUACAGGCACAGCAUGUCAGUAGAGGAGCCAAAGUUACGAAGGGGCACUGUCACCUCAAGCAGUGCUCAUUUUGAGAGGGACAGAGUCUCUCUCAAGAAGCCAAGCUCUAAACCUGUUAGGAGUAAUGUCAAGUCAAAGACAGACGAAACAAAGAUGUGUCGCUCCAGUGGAAAACCCCAGACUCCUACAGAUGACACCAAGGUUGCCACAGUCAGUAUUCCCAAAACACCAUCUGCUGUCCCAAACUUUGCAAGGAAUACAGUGGCCUCUUCUUCAAAGCGUGCAAAAGUGGAUUUAUCCAGCUCAUCCAGACCUCCAACCAUCACAAGGUCUGUGUCUCAGAGGCUGCCUAAAGUGAAGCCAGCAGCAACCUCUGAUGAUCCAAAUCCAAAGGAGAACAGUAUGAGUACCUUAAAGAGAGCGAGUAGUGCCAGAGUGGUUGGGAGAAGCAUCCUGCAGGGAGAAGCCGUCAGCACUACAGCAGAGCCUGCACCAAAGGAGCAGGGAACAGUGGAAAAGGCGUCUCUUAAACUGAAAGAUGCAAAUCGGACCACAAUUGGUAAAAUACUGAAGCCAUUACUGAAAUAAGGGAGAGGUGUUUUUUAACCUUGCAAUGUGAACACUUGUUCAAGCACUGGAUGUCUGUGUAGUGAAAUUCCUUAAAACAGUAAUAUUGCCGAUAAAUGGCAUCAUGUGCUCAUUAAAGUACAGCACACUUUGGAAAAGGUCAAGUAGUUGUGUUCUGGUCUAAAUCCUUUUUUAUGAAUUUGAAUGUAUUUGAACCUACUGUGAUGGAAUGCAAGCAGAACAGCAAAUCUUUGUGUUUAUGAUACAGAAGGUCACCAAAAGCCAAAAAGUUUUAAGAAGUUUUAACUACAAGAUGAAACACUUUGUGACAGAAAACAUGGAUAUAGGCCAGUUUUUUUGUGUACAUAAGAUUCUUCCUAAGACUCAAGCCUUUGUGCUGGUUGGUUUUCUUACUUGAUGUCAAAAUGAAUCCUGUGGAACAGUACUGAAAACAAACUUAGGUGAUUGUGCUUUCCAUUGCUUUCAAUUCCUUGGAUUCGGGAGCUCUUUUUGCCUGUUGCGAAGUCCAUUGCUGGCAAUUGGACAGACUGGGAACUGCUGGCCAAAAAAAUUUAGAACAAGACAUUUGCUGUUUUGUGGCUAUCUUUAACCUCUCUGAAGAAUUUAUAGCAUGUUUUAUGAAUGUGUAUGUGUGUCUGGAAAAGGCUUUCUGCUGGACAGGAGGCUUGUUCUCCAAGAAUGUGGCAGCAUUGUCUUGCAUGCACACGUAGAUAUGGCUGGUGCUGCAUCAAAUAGCACAGCUGGAGGCUGUGCCUGUUGGAAGGGCCAUCUGUAACCAUUGGGAUGAUGACUACUCCUGACUUGUUUUAAUCACAAGCAAACUUGCCAGCUUUUGGUCAUACAGAAGUGCCAUAUAUUUAUGAUACAUAUCAGGAUGUUUGCAGUUCAGCUCUUGAAGGCUGCAAUGUAGUGCCGAGCACUUUCUUACCAUUCCAUGUUUCCACUGGUUUAUGUACUACCAAAUUACUUGAAUGUUGCAAUGGCUCUGAUUGAGCCAUUAGUUUCCCUGCCUCCUCCUCCUUCUCCACUCCCUCUCCUUGUCAACAAGAAUAUUUAGCAUGAAACACAGAGCUUACGCAUGACAGUGUUUUUGUAGAGCUCCUUGGUUGCUUCAAAUGUGGCUUUUAAUGUUUAAAGACUUUAAAGGAAUUAAACUAGUAUUUGAUAAGCUUUUUGCAAAAUAAAAACACUUUUUUUUCCUGCAGAUACAAAUUUUAACUCCUGUCAUACUAAGAUAAAGAGAAUGGGGGAAAACUCAUUCAGCAUGCUGUGCAUCUUCCCAAGAGAAAUGUAGGUAGGUAGGGAAACUGCUGUUCUCCUAAGCAUCUUAUUUAAAGAGUUGCCUUUUAUUCAUUUACGAAGAAAGCCUCAUUUAAGAAUAAAAUAAAAAAUAAAAGGAAAAUCUCUUUGGACAAGUGGCAUUGACUUAUUAGUGGUAGAUCUGUUUGUCUGCUUUAUCCCUCAGUGCUGGGAGAGCAUAAUUCAGUGAGAAUGAGCCAUUUAAUUGCUCACAUUCUUCUCACGGGCUAGUAUCAGGGACAGCUAGCUUUGAGGUUUGAAUUUGGCAAGGCACCUUUAGCUCCUCCCACGUACCAGCAAAUCUUGAUGCAGACAUCAUACCCAACCACCAUGAAGUAUUGCAUAGGGCCUCUUGUUUGAGUCUGUCCCACAGGGAGAAUUUAUAUAGCCCGCUUUUUGGUAAGAGCAAAUAUUUUGCUUGAAAUGCCAUAAGCUUUUUGGAUACUGCCUCCCUUGUGGGUUAGAUAAAAAAGCAUCUCCCUUCUUAUUUGUAUCUGUGUGGAUGUAUGCACAUCUGCAAGAGCAGAUUAUUCUCUUUUUUCCUUUUUUAAAAAAGAAAAAAACAACAAAUUUUAUUGGUAACAAGCUUGAAAAAUAAUUUAAAUGUGUUUGGAACAUGUAAAUAAAUUUCUAUAAAUCGGUGUAAAAGAAAACUGACUGUAUUUAAUGGAACAUUUAUACAUUUCGGAGUAACUCGGUAGUUUAAUAAAGUUCCCAUUUACUGGGCAUGAGGCUUGUA